AUCGUACUUGGCCAAGCUGUUUUCGUUUCAGGCGCAGGUGGGUAUAAGGGGUUUUUGUCAAACCCAGAAGUAACUCUUGAGUUAAGAUAAUUGUUUACUAUCAAUACGGAACACGUCCUUCAACCCAGCCUACUAGAGUCAAGGAAACGCGCUGUUACAUAAUAAUUUGUGGGCUGUUCAAUGAUAGAGUUUUUAAAUAGGCAUUUUCAAGCAAGAAAUUUCGAAUGAAAAUCGAACUAGUUUGAAACUUAACCAUUUAUUUCUAAUUAUCCCCCCUAAAAAUCUCUAUUUCUCGCUCGCUCCUAGUAAGCAAUUAUCACACUGCCAGGUUACCUGGCGAUGUGAGGAAAGUUAUAUAACAAGAGCGUCAGACUUUGCACGUGCAUUAGGCGCCAUGUUUGUUACAUAAGGGAAGACAGCUGCACGUGCCGAUAUUUUCAACCAAUCAGAGUAAUCUAUGCAACACGACAGCAGAACUCUUGUCAUAAACAUUACUUUCCUAACAUUUUCAGGAAUAGUUAACCAUUUUUGCUUAGUCUCAGUGAGUGUGUACUUCGACUGAGAAGAUCGCCAACUCAUGAUGUCUAGUCGUUCAAGUCCAGCAGCCCCAAACCAAAGCGAUGAUAGUGAAUCGAGUGACUCGGGUGUCGAUACGCUUUCGACAUCCACGAGAGGCAGUUUUCCUUCAGAUUAUAUGGACCUGGAUGAAUUCCUUUCUGUGCAAACUCAGAACUGUCAGGAAAAUACCCAAGCGUCAUGUGAGGAUCCACAAAAUUUGUCUCUGGUAGCUAGUACUAGUACCAGAGUUGCUGCUACCACCGUUAGUGGUCUUGUGGAACAAGUUUCUCCAGCGGUCACAGAGUUUUCGAAAGUGGCUGCCAGUGUGAACAACGUUUUGUCUUCCGUGGUCUUAUCGAAAAUGUCAUCACUUCCUUUGCAAGUGGACCCAGCCGUUUUUCAGACCCUCCGAGCAAACACUUCUCAACCAGAGGGAACAAACGCGAUUGUACAAUGGUGCCAGUCUGUUGGAGGGACAAGGCAAGAUCAUCAAGAGGCAAGUGGCCCUCAGCCUGGAAAAACUCCGGUUCGGCGACGUCGAAAUUCUAAAUACGUCUACAAUCCUUUGCCGAUCACGAAAAAGGCGGAACGGAAGUUUUACAGCCAGUCUCAAAAAGACGAAAGAUAUUGGGAACGUAGAAUAAAAAACAAUGUUGCAGCGAAAAGGUCAAGAGACUUACGUAGACAGAAAGAAAUUGAAGUCACUGAAAAGUAUAAGAAUCUCGAGAAAGAGAACGCCAAUCUGAAAGAGGAAGUGCGGAGAUUGCGAAUGAAGGCCGAUGAACUCGAAAAGAAACUUGCUUCUUUUCAAGGUUCUCACUAAGGCUUAAAGAACACGUAGAGACUGAGGGGAGGGAUGUGAGUAGUAUUUGACGCUGUCGUGACAUCAGUAUGGAUUAUGUAUACGUCAUUGCCACUCCUAGCUGGAAGUAAGGGCUUCAUAGGAAGUCUGUACCUAGCAUACAUGUAGUUGACGCUAGAAUUGUUAGGCAACCAGUGACAGAGUUGCAUUCAGAAUCUUUCUCAAAGCCAAAAACCAGUGAGGCUUCCAUAGGACUUAUAAGAGAGGAGCUCUAGAUGCUAAUUGCAUAGGAAUCAAAUGCUUAGAAUAUAAUCACAGAGCAAUCCCCAUCUACUUCACAACAUAGUUAUUCUCCCAACUACGUACAAGUGUCCUCAGAUGAGGACAAGACCCACAUUUAGAUGGUGUUACUGGCCUUACUGCAUUGUUGGAAUUAUUUCUGAUAUGACAGAAUUGGCCCCUUGCCACUGGGUGGUGAAGGGAUCAUUAAUUUCAAAAUUCCAAUUUCCUGCUUCUGAACAGUACUAUUUGUUUCAUGAGCAAGCUUCUUUAAACACCCCUUGUACAUUGAAGAAAUUUUUUACCACCAAAGAAGUCUUUAAGCCUUAAAGACUUAGUUUGACAAGGUUUGUAGAAAUAGCAAUAUAAAGGAGUUAUUGCUAUUUCAUAUUUGUAAAUUAGUCUGAAACUUAUCUUUAUAGAUUGAGUGUGUGCAGUAGUACAUUUUAGUUUAUGCCAGUUGAUGGUGUUUAAAAAUAAAGUUCCUCUAUUCCCAGGAA